CUACCUAUAUCAGAAAGCGGUAAACGGAACACGUGCACAGAUAUGUACAGUACUGUGGCGACGUUGUAUAAAGAAAGGGUUACAGUGCAACUUUUUUUGCUCGCAAUUCUUAUAAAAGCAAACUCUCUUCCAACGCUCAAACCGCGAGCUAUACGUGUAAGGCAGCAAGAUGGUUUCGCCAUAGAUUACGUAAUUCAUGUCGAUGCUCCGAGAAGUUUGGAAAAAGCCAAAAGCUCUUGUGAACGCGAUGGAAUGGAGUUGGCAUCAUUCAAAAAUGAGAGUGUUGCUGCUCAUGUAGUUGGCCAAUUCAGAAAAUUUUACUGCCGUCGCUGCUUCACAAAAGCAUGGAUACAGGGAAUAGAAGGAAUCGAAAGUAACGACUGUACGUUUCUAUAUCUCUCAAACGGCACUUUAGGGGAUCCAGGAUAUUGCAAGGGAGUGGCGCAUAGACGCGUUUGGCUUGAUUUCAUUUGUUCUAAGAAAGUGGAGCCAUCAGACAAAGAGGAAUUUAUGCCACCUGAUGUUGGGUCAUGGUUACAUGCAACGCUCAGCGCGAUCAAGAAGCAACACGAAAGCUUUUGGCGAACUAUGAAUGGGCGUUUCUAUACUUAUGGACCACUUGCAUAUCGUUUUACUUCGCCCUCGGCCGAUGUAGGAGCUAUACUUGAUGUACACAUUGUUACAUAGAACGCAUGGAAAUAAUCGGAACUAUGGUGGUUG